ACCAAAAUUUAAAUAAUUGAAAAAUAAUCACUUUGUAUAAAUAAAUAUCUGCCAAGUGAUAAAGGCUCUUGCUGGCUCUUGUUUCUGGUUGUCUUGUCUUAAACUCAUCUCAAAACUAGAUCCUUUACUCACAAUCUUUAAGGUAUGUCUUCAUCAGAUAAGCCUGAAAUAGUUGAAAGGGGGCAUAAGAAGGAUGACAAAGAAGAAGAAGAGGGUGGAUUUAUGGAUAAAGUGAAGGAUUUUAUCCAUGACAUUGGUGAAAAGAUUGAGGAGACAAUUGGAUUUGGGAAGCCAACUGCUGAUGUGAGUGGAAUUCACAUUCCUAAAAUUAAUCUUGAACAGGCAGAUAUUGUUGUUGAUGUGCUCGUUAAAAACCCAAAUCCAAUACCGAUCCCUCUGAUUGACAUAAACUACCUGAUUGAAAGUGAUGGAAGGAAACUAGUUUCUGGAUUGAUUCCGGAUUCUGGAACUAUUCAAGCACAUGGAGAGGAGACUAUCAAAAUCCCAGUUUGUUUGAUAUAUGAUGACAUAAAAAGUACAUAUCAUGAUAUUCAACCUGGUAGCAUUAUACCAUACAAGGUCAAGGUCGACCUGAUUGUAGAUGUGCCCAUCUUUGGAAGGAUAACUAUUCCCCUUGAGAAAAAUGGAGAGAUACCCAUACCUUACAAGCCUGAUAUUGAUGUUGAAAAGAUAAAGUUUGAGAGAUUCUCAUUUGAAGAAACUGUUGCAGUUCUUCAUUUGAAAUUGGAAAACAAAAAUGACUUUGACUUGGGCCUCAAUUCACUGGAUUAUGAGGUUUGGCUUUCGGAUCAGAGCAUUGGGGGUGCUGAGCUUGCAAAGUCAACCAAAAUUGAAAAGAAUGGAAUCACUUAUCUUGAGCUCCCUGUUACUUUUAGGCCCAAGGACCUUGGCUCUGCACUUUGGGACAUGAUUAGAGGUAAAGGUACUGGUUACAGCAUGAAAGGACAUAUUGACGCAGACACACCUUUUGGGGCUAUGAAGUUACCCAUCAACAAGGAGGGUGGUACUACACGCCUUAAGAAGAACAAAGAAGAUGGUGGUGAUGACGACGAUGACGAUGAUGAUGAGGAUUAAAUGAGGAUGUCAAUCAUAUGAGUAGCUGUUGCUCGAUUAUCAGAGGUUUGUUACAAUAAUAGAUCAUUAAUUUUCAAAGAAUCAACUUCUCAUGGUAGCAUAUGCUUUUCAUCGAAGAAGUUGGUGUCAGUGUAUGCAUACUUAUGCAGCUGUUAUCGUGAUCCGUGUUUGAAUAUGACACUUGUUUUUUUAUUGGCAUAGGCAACUGACUGAUAGAUUUUCUGAGCCGGUUGUUACUAUUACUUUUCUGGGAUUUGUUUGUGCAAUCGAUAUGAACAGUGUUAUCGGUGUUAGACCAAUAAUUAUGUUUGUUAGAUGAGGGUGCUUCAUCUUCUCUUGAUUA